AUGGACGAGAGUGAUUCUGAAAUUAAAAUGUCGAGUGACGGCCAAAAUGAACCAGAAAAAACGAAAAUAUCUGCCCAAGGAGAACCAAUAAAAGAAUUUUCGCUUGAUUUGGAUGAGGAUGGCAUAUGGAGAACAGGUCCCUAUUCGAACAAAUUUUCAGUUAAAACGAUGAAAGAUAUCAUUGAAAACUGUGUGACAUCGUCAAAUCUCACCGAUUUUCGUUUGCCAGUGUUUUCGGAACCGUCAGUGAAAUUCGCAAAAUUUCGAAACGAAGAUCAUAAACUUUGUGAUGGACUGUCUUGGUGGAAGACAACGAAUGGUAGAAAAAUCCGUCCGAGACCCAGAAAGAUCGAAUACGAUGGAUGCUCUUACAGAUAUUACAAUUGCAUCAAUCCUAAUGAUGAUGCUUUCAAAAAAUUUGAGAUUUAUCCGGAGAAGGAAGAGUUCUUUUUCGUAGUAUACGUGUCUCAAAAUGGUCGAAUGGACUACGAUGUUCUGAAAUCAUCAAAACCUAACAGACUAACUGAAGCAGAGUGUCAAUUGAUUCAUCGGUCCCUGAAAGGAAGAACUGUGAAAGGAGCUUUCGAAGAUCUAAAAUCAGGAGCCCUUAAUUUCAGUACCCGCCAAAUCAGAAACCAGAUGAAGUAUCAGCCGGAUUGUGUGAAGUCGAAGAGGGGCCGCGUGAGCGUGACAACACCAGAAUCACUCGCAUCUUUUGGAACAGAAAAUGGCUUCCGUCUAUUUUCUAGUGAUAACCAGUUUGGAGCGAUUUAUCUCGAUUCGGACACACUGAAUCUUUAUAUGAAUAGUCUACCGACAAAACAAACUGUACUGGAAUAUAGAAAGCUUUUAACUGGAUGCGAAGAUUGGACUUCAGAAGAAGUCAAUGAUUUUUUAUCUUGUUACAGUCCGACAGCAAAUAGUGGGAUUAUUAAGCAUAUGGCUGGACAGUUACAGAUUGAUAGCACUUUUGAUUUGUCAGAUUGUGUUGUGACAACAAUCUCUGGAGAUAUAGGAGACUUCACAUCGCGCUGCAGCGGAAAAAUUCGCCAUGUUCUUUUAGGAUUCAUGAUUUCCUCGUCGAAAAAUGCACUAAAUCACAAGAGUUUUGCUCGCGAAAUUGACGAUUUCUUCCUGCAAGUUGAUCCUAUGCGAAAAAAAUCAAUUCCAUCACUGAUGACAGACGGCGAAGAAUCUUUUAAAUAUUACAGCAAGAUGAAAUAUUUGGAAGACACUCAAGUUCUCAGGUGUCUAGUACAUCGUCGAAACAACUUGACAUUCAUUCAAAGUAAAAAGAAUAUAAGCCAGUCAGAUUUGAACAAAAUUUUCGGAAGACAGAUUGGAGAUGAAGUUGAAAAUGGAAUUUUCAAUGUAAUGAGUUCAGAAGCGAUGGAAGCGGAGAUUGUCAAGUGUAAUUUUGCGCCGGCUCUAAAGAAGUGGUUGCUCGAUAGAAAAGAAGAUCUCUUUUCAACCCAUUCUCUCCGAUCUCGUCUGAUGGCUGGGCUGCUUCUAAACUACGAAUCGAAUUGA